AUAAUCAUUAUCUUCUCCACUCAGUCCAUUACGAUGACACAGCUUAAAACAAAUGAUUGAGUCUGUUUUUAUAUUGAACAUUGUACAACGUUUACUUGAACAAAACUGCGCAAGAGAGAGUUGCGUGGGCUGUUUGUGCUCUACGCAAUCGUUGUUGUUGCUGUUGGCUUUGGCAUUGCUGCAACACCCACAUCGAUUUUUGUUCUUCUUAUCUUUUCAAGUUCUAGCUGCCCAGGUUGGUUUCUAGCAUCAUCAUCAUCGUCAAGAUCAAUUCUUGAAUUUAUAUAGGUUCAGAAAGCUGCUUCCUUGAAACGGGUUUUUUAUUUGUCAAUGUUGGGUUGGUGGCACGCGUCGAAUAGUAGUGUUGUUUACUGCAAGAGCAGCACUUUAUCAGAAUUUGAUAUUGCCGUGUUUAGUUGAUUUGGCAAAGGAGUUGUCUUUGUGGGUUUGGAUUGAUUCUGACUGAUGUGCAUGCUGCAUAAGAGGGAUAGAGAGUCUAAGAGGGAGUUUUGUAGUUUUAAGAAGUAUGGAUUUUCAGAACAGUUAUCAGCCCGAAUCAGGGAAAUUGGAACAGAUUGUUUCCCAAUUUCUUCUGAAAAGCUUGCAUAUUAUUUUGGACUCUAGGGUACCUUCUCUUCACCCGCAUGAUCGCAGUGGGGAGCUUUCAUUGAAUUCUCGGGUGAGGAAGAGUGACAAAUGGUUCAACUUAGUACUAGGGGACCGUCCUGCAGCUCUUGAGAAUUUGAACUUUUGGCACAGAAAUGUGAUGGAUCCGAUGAUAAUCGACAUCAUACUUGUUCAUGCGGGGUCUAAUUCUUCAUCAGUUGACAAUCUGUUUGGGAAUUCGGGGGCUGGUCCAUCUGUUGAAACAAUCAUUGAGAGGUGGGUUGUUCAGUAUGAAACUCCUAGGGUUGUGGCUAAUCAAACUGGUGACAGUUUAGCAUACAAGAAGACAUAUAAGAAGUCAAUUGUACUUUUACGUGCUCUUUAUUCGUAUAUGAGGCUUCUCCCAGCUUAUAGGAUCUUUAGACAGCUAAGUACAUCUCGUCAGACUUAUGAUUUUGAUAUCAUUUACAAGGUGUCUUCACUAAGAGAUCCCUUCUCAAGGGCGGAGGAGGAAAUGAUGCAGGAGUUCAGUUUUGCUCCUGUAGAGGCCAAUCCUGGCCGCCUUUCUUUGUCUGUGACUUAUCGUAAAAUGCUGUCUGAUUUCAAUCUUGAGCCUUCAACACCUAUGCCAGCAAAGAUAAUUACAGAUUAUGUUGGUAGUCCUGCUACUGACCCCUUGAGGUCUUUCCCCUCAUCAGUGAGGGGUGAUCGCCCAACUUCCUUUCCAUUGGGAAAAGUACAACCUUCAUCUGCCGGACCAUUUCAGCGUCCACACAGCUGGACAAGCGGCUUCCAUAGGCCACCUCAUGUUGGACAGUAUAAACCUGUAGUUGGAUCUCCACCUGCAUAUCGUGCAUCCCCUAUGUCCCAUGAUGUUGGAUCUCCUCCUAUUGAUACAUAUACUAACAGAGUUCAAAACUAUAGAAUUCCAAGUCAUUCAAAGACUCCUAGUUAUGAUGAGUAUCAGCUUUCACCUCCAUUUUCAGCAUCUCCAUCCCCAUCUCCACCAACAUACUUGUCUAGUGGCAGUUUUGGUCCUAUGCAAACACGAAUUCGUUCAGAAACUGCCCCCGUAAGCAUCCCUAAUCCAAUGGGGGGUAAGGGCUCCAGAUACCUUUCUCCCAAUUUUUCUGAUCCAAGUAGAAAUUCCCUUCCUCCUUUAUCUCCGAGAAGCACAAGAAAUGAACCUUCCUCACAAGAGUCUCCAUCUGGAAUAAGGGCAUUUAGAAAACUAGACGGUUCAAGGGCUGGAGAUAUGCACCCUGGUUUUCAAAAGGUGAAAGACAGCAGAGAUGAUUCGGGCCGGUUCUCAGGAUUGUUGUCCUCCAGUGGCUCACCACGCGUUGGUUUUUCUAGAAGCUCCAGUAGAUUAUCUUUUCAAGAUGAUAUGGAUGAUUGUGAGUUCUCAUGCCCUUUCGAUGUGGAUGAUGUUGACACAACCGACUUUCACGCCAGUCAAAAUGAUGGCAAAAAAGCUUCAGAGUUUACUUCCCAGUCAUUGCCAAUAGGUAGAAAGUCACCAGGUGCUGCUGUUGGCGUUCUUGUUCACAUGCUAAGAACAGCUCCGCCCCUGCGCCAAGAUUCAAGCUGUUACUCUUCUGACUCCAUGAAGCCUGAACACGAGGAAGGAGUUACUACAGCUUCUGGUUUCUUUAUGCCUCGAAAGACAUCUGAUGCCCUGGAGGAGCUCAGAAGUUACAGAGAAAUGAAAGACCUUCUAAUUUCAAAGAGUGGAAUGAGGGUGCUCACCAAAGAAGAGGCAUAAUAGACAUGAUUAGUUACUCUUUGUGAGGAAGCUUUGAAUUGAACACACACUUUCCUUUUGAAUGCUCAGAUUGGAGGACUAACACUGUAUAUAUCAUCACUGAAAGUUAAGAUUAGUUACUGUUAUGAGACCAAUUAGUGUACUAGUAGACUUUGCUGACCA